GAGGCGGGGCCCACGCAGCCGCGCCCCCUUCCCGCGCUUGCCCGACUGGGCUCCCGCGCGCGAGCGCGAUUUCCCCGCACCGCAGCCCCUCGCGCCACGGGCAGAGCCCAGGCGGACGCGCGCUCCGCCCUGCCCCGCCCCGCCCUGAGUGGGCUGCGCCCGCCCCCGCUCCCGCCCCCGCGCGUGCUCCCUCCCUCCCUCCCUCCCUCCCACCCACCCUCGCGCGCCCCUCCCCGUGCGCCCCUCCCGCGCCCUACAUCCACCGCCCGGACGAGGGGGCUCAGUCCUCUGCUGCCGCUGUCGCCGCCGCGCUUUGGUCUCGGAGCUGGCAGCGGCCGCCGGUGCCGCCUAGACAGCUGCGCGGGCAACUGGUAGCUGUUCUUAGCUGUGCCCAGCCCUUCCGGAACACAUCCUGUGUGAGGUCCCUCCAGCUAUAAGGUGGGCACCAUGUCUGAAAAGUUCGACUGUCACUACUGCAGAGACCCCUUGCAGGGGAAGAAGUACGUGCAGAAGGACGGCCGUCACUGCUGCCUGAAGUGCUUUGACAAAUUCUGCGCCAACACCUGCGUGGAAUGCCGCAAGCCCAUAAGCGCUGAUGCCAAGGAGGUGCAUUAUAAGAAUCGCUACUGGCACGACACCUGCUUCCGCUGUGCCAAGUGCCUUCACCCCUUGGCCAGUGAGACCUUUGUGUCCAAGGAUGGCAAGAUCAUGUGCAACAAGUGCGCCACUCGGGAGGACUCCCCCAGGUGCAAAGGGUGCUUCAAGGCCAUUGUGGCAGGAGACCAGAACGUGGAGUACAAGGGCACCAUCUGGCAUAAAGACUGCUUCACCUGCAGCAACUGCAAGCAAGUCAUUGGGACCGGAAGCUUCUUCCCGAAAGGGGAGGACUUCUACUGUGUGACUUGCCAUGAGACCAAGUUUGCCAAGCAUUGCGUGAAAUGCAACAAGGCCAUCACAUCUGGAGGAAUCACUUACCAGGAUCAGCCCUGGCAUGCCGAGUGCUUUGUGUGUGUUACCUGCUCUAAGAAGCUGGCUGGGCAGCGUUUCACCGCUGUGGAGGACCAGUAUUACUGCGUGGAUUGCUACAAGAACUUUGUGGCCAAGAAGUGUGCUGGAUGCAAGAACCCCAUCACUGGGAAAAGGACUGUGUCAAGAGUGAGCCACCCAGUCUCUAAAGCUAGGAAGUCCCCAGUGUGCCACGGGAAACGCUUGCCUCUCACCCUGUUUCCCAGCGCCAACCUCCGGGGCAGGCAUCCGGGUGGAGAGAGGACUUGUCCCUCGUGGGUGGUGGUUCUUUAUAGAAAAAAUCGAAGCUUAGCGGCUCCUCGAGGCCCGGGUUUGGUAAAGGCUCCAGUGUGGUGGCCUAUGAAGGACAAUCCUGGCACGACUACUGCUUCCACUGCAAAAAAUGCUCCGUGAAUCUGGCCAACAAGCGCUUUGUAUUUCAUAAUGAGCAGGUGUAUUGCCCUGACUGUGCCAAAAAGCUGUAACUUGACAGGGGCUCCUGUCCUGUAAAAUGGCAUUUGAACCAUGCUUGUGUCCUUGGCUCUCUCGCUCUGCACCAUCCAUAGGGGAAGAGUGAGCUUUCACCUCUUUAAAGUUGCUCUUUUUGUCUUUUCUCCCAUUUUACAGUAUUAAUCAACCAAGGACACACAGUGAUCAUAUUAGGAUUUAGCAAAGAGAGACCUUGCAGCAAAAAUAAUUUCUCUGUUGCUGCAAUGGAAAAAACAAAAACUUAGACUGACUCUUCUGCAUGUUUCUCAUAGAGCAGAAAAGUGCUAACCAUGUAGCCACUUCAUGAUGUAAGCAAAAAGUAUAGGCGAUAAAGCUCCCACUGAGAUCGGGGCUCAGUCGGGAUGCAGUGUGCGGUCACGUGACUGCUGUGCAAGAGUUGCAGCGGCUGCUCCAACUCUCUGCUCGCCUUCUAUGGGCAGUUCCGAACUUGCCAGAAUGCAUGGUUUAACUUCCUUAUCAAAACUCUGACCUUCCUUCGGUUCUUUUGUGCUUUUACACGACUAACACAGAUUUCCAGAGAAUUAACAUUUUGAACUUUGCUGUAAUUCUCAAGUGACUUUACCCCCAUACUAACAUUUAACUCCCCUACGUGGCAUGUUCUCUGAGCGUUCCUACUCUAAAAAAUGGAACACACAGGUGAUUUGGAGCAUCUAAGCAGAUCUGAGAAAACGAGCCUGUUUCAGAGUAAACUCGCCACAGUGACUACUUCUGGAAGCUUAACAAGACUAACUCUCCUGUCCUUUUUAAUUUUUUUAAAAUUUUGUUUUAAUGAGUAGUAAAAUAGUUUAUGGUUUUGGAAACUUGCAUGACAAUAUUUGAGCCUCCUCAAACGUUCCUGCAGUUUUGAGAUUCAUCCUGUAGACGUGACAAACACUCUAGAGCAGCAGCAGAGCAGGCACAGGACUGUCAUCAACAAGAAUACAUUUCAAAGCGGUGACAAGGUGAAGUCCUUAUAACAUAACCGUUGUCUGCUCUUUGUCUGCGUUCAGAAAGAGUGCAAAGUUCCUUUUCUUGUGAUUCUUAGAACUUUCCCUCCAGAGUUUAGUUAGAUCUCUGGGGCUGUCUGAGGUGGUCAUCAUCCUUCACAGGAAGGACUGGGUUUUCACCUCCUCCUCCUCUGAAAUGCAGGAUUGCCUACUUAACUGUAUUCUCCAUUAUUUUACAUAUAUAACAAGCCAAUAUCAAAGUAAAGAUGUAAUGAAAAUACACACUCAUAUAUUACUGUAGGAGUGGUUGUAGAUACCAACACUUCAUUUCCAUAUUUGUCAUUAGCUGUUUCCAUCUAAUGUUUGAUUGUAUCCUUACAAAAAUAAAGCAGCAUAGAAAGAACA